CUCAUUCGUGAUUCGUGAACAGCGAACUCAAGCAAUGUGCAUUGUAUGACGAAUUUGUGUAUAGCUAACUAGUUUUGGUUUGGUUUUUAGAGUACUUCAGAAAAGUUAAUUUUAUGUUUUCUUCUUUGCUUUAAAGUUAUGUCUUCAUUCCUAUCUUGUGCCAUGUUUAUUAAUUAAACGAACAAAAAUAAUUAUCGAUGAAGAAAAGAAAUAAAGUUCCUCAAUUGUGUACAAUCUGAUUAUUCAGCAUCUAAAACACUACAAGUCGAAGUAAACAAAAAAGAAAUAUACCUACUCACAAAUUCAAGUCUGCCUCUGUACUAAGAAACAAAAGAAUGGUUCCAUGGAGGAAAUCCUAAAAAACGAUAAGUCCACUCGUAAGGAUAUCCAAUGCUCAGGUUGCCUCAAUCAGAUUGCUGAAAAUGAAUACAAGACUGCAUUGGGUCAGUAUUGGCAUCCAGAAUGCUUUCGGUGUUCGGUAUGCGACAAUCACUUAUCGAGUUGGUAUUUCGAAAGAAAUGGCUUGCUCUUCUGCAAGGACGACUACUGGGCUCAGUUCGGACAAUCGUGCCAGCAGUGCAAUCUAAUAAUAACUGGCCCCGUAAUGGUUGCCGGGGAUCAUAAGUUCCAUCCAGAAUGUUUUCUAUGCCAGCAUUGUGGCACGUAUAUCGGAGAUGGAGAUACAUAUGCCUUGAUUGAAAGAUCAAAGUUGUUUUGCGGCCAUUGCUAUAAGGAACAAGUCAGUGCAAUAAGUACAAAUUCAGAACAAUCUAAGCAACAAACUCUUGGUGAUUCAAACAAAAGCCAGCCAUUACAUUCCAUUCGUUUGAUUAAGAUUCCGUGGUCGGAUGCGUCCACUUUGCGUCUGACAACAGAUCAUGAGAACAAUAGCCAUCAAUUUCCUGCCGAAAGUGAUGGAGUGUGCUGCCGUGCCGUCCGGAUAUCAGAUUGUGUAUGUAGAAUUUUGGGACAAGUUGGAAAAUAUGUUUUCUCUUCUAUAACUUCGGCGAAAAAUUCACCCAAUGGACUUCAUAGCCAUAGAAUCGACUUGCAUCCUGAAGUAGCAAACGUUCAAAUUGGUGAUCGAAUUCUCGAAGUAAACGGUACCCCGGUUCGAAAUACUUCCAUUGAACAUAUUGACAAUCUCAUUCGGAGUACUGAUAGAAUACUACAACUGACCGUAGAACAUGAUCCCAAAGAUGUGAGUCGUAACAACAAUGACUAUGAGUCGCCACAAAAACAUUAUUUACCGAUAUUACCUAAAUCUGACUCACCGCGCCUUACGAAAGAAGACAAAGAGAGAUUGUUUCAGAAAAAAGACGAAGGGUAUAUGAGUGGUCUUAAAAGUCGUCUACUUAAAAACAAAAAAAAUAAUCUCAUUCCAUUUGAUUCACCGGAAAAACGUGAAGGCUCAGCUCUUUAUAAUUCCUCUAGUUUAAAUCAAAAAGAGCGUAGCUCAAGUAUGUCCAAGUUGUUGGAUGAAAACCAUCAACCUAAUAAUGAACUCUAUGAUUUGUCCAGAACCAAAUCUUUUCGGAUAGAACAGAAUCCACAUGAAAUAUUCAAACCAUCAGACUUGGUACAGGGCGAACUUAUUGGAAAAGGCUUCUUCGGACAAGUUUUUAAGGUAACUCACAAAGUGACCAAAGAGGUUAUGGUGUUAAAAGAACUUUAUCGGGUGGAUGCAGAAGCUCAACAAAAUUUUUUAAAAGAAGUAGCAGUCUUGAGAUCAUUGCAUCACGAAAAUGUGUUGAAAUUCAUUGGAGUUUUGUACAAAGAAAAGAAAUUACACUUAAUAACCGAAUUUAUUGCUGGUGGAUCGCUUAAGGAACUCAUCCAUGACUCAGAAUGCCCCUUGUUAUGGGAACAGCGAAUUUCGUUUGCUAAGGAUAUUGCAUGUGGAAUGAGCUAUCUUCAUUCGAAGAACAUUAUACAUAGAGAUUUGAAUUCACUUAAUUGCCUUGUCCGAGAUGACCUGACGGUAAUAGUGGCUGAUUUUGGACUAGCACGAAUUAUUACAUCACCUACGCUAGGGACUUUCGAAAGAUGCUCAAAUAAACCAUCAAAAACAGGUUCGAUUGGAAGAAAUCGAAGUCGACAGAGGCGACAAAGGUACACUGUCGUUGGGAACCCUUAUUGGAUGGCGCCGGAGAUGAUGAAAGGAAACAAAUAUGAUGAGCGAGUUGAUAUAUUCUCAUUCGGAAUAAUAUUGUGUGAGAUAAUUGGGCGUGUUGAAGCUGAUCCUGACUACUUGCCAAGGACAUCUGAUUUUGGGCUAAAUAAGCAGGUUUUUAUGGAAAAAUUUUGCCAGCAGUGUCCAGAGAUAUUUUACAAAAUAACCUUCUUGUGCUGUGACCUCAAUCCAGAUAAAAGGCCUCCAUUCGAAGUCCUUGGAUUUUGGCUGAAACGUUUAUACAAACUCACAUCAAAUGGCCAACCUAUACCUCCACAAAUGGUAGACGAAGUUGAUCAAUUUAAAAUGCAUUCCUCAAGAGAUUCCAGUCAAACUUCAACCCCAGAUGGCCUGCUAUCACCAAAAUCAAAUCUCAGCAAUGAUAAUCUAUUCGCAGAGAAAAACAAAAAUCAAAAGGAUUGUGGUGACAUAAAAGAAGAACAAACGGUAGUAACACAAACACAACCAGUAUUCGUACCGACGAGUAUACCAAAAUCGCCUCAUUUGGGCAAAGAUUUCUCACCAAAUGGCGAAAGAAUUCGUGGAAGUAUAAGAGAGAGACGGCAGCAAAAGAUGCUAAACGAACAGAAUUCUAGUAGUCCUCAUCGUUAUAUGAAACAAAGUUCAGUUAGUGAAGAAGAGCGCCAUGAAGUAUUGAAUAAGUCAUCUGAAGGAACGCUCAAGACUGACAGAGUUUUGGAAGCCGUCCGCUGUGCCUUGGAAGACGACAAUAUUCUCAAUAAGAAGCCCAAAUGCAAGAGUGAUAUGAUUGGCCAAAAAGGUUUUCUAAUUCACAAAGAAGAAAACGGCAGUCUGACUCUUAACAGUGUCAAAGACUUGACUGAGUGCUCGGAUAGCUGUGAUACGAGUUGCGAUACGAGCCUGGAUUUCAUGGAAGCUAAUAGUUGGGUUCCAUCUUCAUCAAAAUUGGUAGAUAACAACAAAAUAGUGCCUCAGCAUCAUUCUCAACUUACCGAACAGAACGAAAAUGUAAACGAAAACGAACAAAUUGAUUCCAAAGCGAACACAAAAAUACAAGUAAAGAAGAAUACAGCCCAUAAAUCUUAUCAAAUGGCCAUUGAUGACAUCAGGGCUAAACUGAACCUGUGCAAGUCUAAAUUUGAGACUUUAGACGAAGCCAAUCGUAAUAAUAUUUCAAAAUCUCAAAACUCAAUGAAAACUUUCUUCAAAAAUCGUGAUGCAAGAGAUGAAUCUCCGCUCAAAAUGUACAACAAGCAUAAUUCGGACUCCAAAGCUUAUCGAGUACAUGAGACUCCCAUAUUUGGACGGCACAAAUUUUCCACCCAAGUUGUUCUUAAACAGGCCGGUUCGGAUGAGAAUGUUUCGUCCCCAACUGAAGUCAUUCCUGAAAAACCACCAACCAAACGAUUCAGUUAUUUACGAAGGAAAAUGGCUCCCUCUAACAGAAGUCCGGAAGUAAAACCUCCUAGUAGAUCAAUUUGGAAAAAAAUCGAGAGCCAGACAUCUUCACAGCCACCGCCAUCGCCGCAGAGCAAGGAACUACCAUUCAGCACUAGAUUUAAUCUGCGAAGGUCCGAGCAUCCGAAAAAGUCACCAUCUGAGACAAAGAGCGAAAUCUACCCAAAAUCAAACGUCAAUAAAGUGACAAUCCUAUCGCCAGACACAGUUCGCAAGCUGAAUGCGAAACUCGUAGAACAGAAGACUUCAGCACAAAAACACAUUCCAACUGAUAGCAAAAAACGACAACCAGAUGCCAAGAGAGCACCCAUGACUGAGAGCAGUCAAACAAAAUGUCCGCCAUCACAAUUUGGCAGGAACAAAUAUUCAAUUAAAGAUAUUCCCUCGAUUCAUCAGAGUCGUAAAAAAACCCUCCAUACAAAAGUUGAGGGCAAAUAGGUCUUAUACAAAUAUUGUUGAUUAUAUAAACUUAUCAUUGAAAAUUGUACAAAUCUAGCUUUUACUUUAUCGCUUUUUUAAUUAACCAAUAUACUUUGUAUAUCGUAAAAUAGAAAAACAAAACAUGUUAAGAUAUUAAACUAAUAUUUGCUCAAAAACAAAUACAAAAACAAACAAACAAACAAAAUUACCACUUACAUAAGUUUUCAAGACAAUUACAUUACUGUAUAGUGUACAUAAAUAAAUAAAUUUAAAGUAUAUAAAUUCGGUAUUAUAUAAAACAAAUAAGUGCCAAAAACUAAAUAAAAUAGUUUGAAAAAGUUACACCACGAAUUAUCUACAUUAUCUACGAAAAAGUAAAAAUUAAAGUAAAAGUUGUCUUAUAUUUUUCGAAACAACUUAUGCAUUCUCUGUGUUAGAAGAAAAUAGUAUUUCUAGUCUCGACGAGCGACCGAAGUUUAUGUGAGGUUUACAAACAAAAGUACGCUGCGGUCGCGGUUGAAAGACUAUUCCCAUGGAUAUGGAUUUAAUUGAAAAUCAGUAUACACAAACAAUAUUAAAUACAAGUUAAAGCUGUUGAUAUUACAUUAAA